AUGGACUGGGACAGCAUCUGCUUUAAUACUGCAACCUUGAUCGCGGGUGUUUUCGUCCUCGACUACGGGGCAGACAAAUUCCUCGACCACACGGUUAUCGUGGGACAACGGUUGGGGAUUUCGCCAACUCUAAUCGCACUUUUAACUGCCGGCGCUGAAUAUGAAGAGCUUGCCGUCGUUGUCGCCGCCAUUCUCCAAGGCCACAGCCCUCUCGCCCUGGGCAAUGUGGUUGGAUCUGCCAUUUCCAACAUCCUGGGCGCCUUCUCAUUGGGCAUUCUCUUCCACCCAGGACAUAUGGAAUUUGAUAAGAGCGCAAAGAUAUACUCGGCGCUCCUUCUCUUCAUCACCACACUCUUUGUGGUCUUGGCAAUCUUCAAUCAACUGAACAAAGUGACUGGCGGGCUUCUCAUCGCGGGCUUCGCGGUUUACAUCCUGUCUAUUGGGUAUGCCAUCUACAAAGGCGUCACCGAGGCUCCUCAAAUUUCAGACAGUGAUAGCGACAGCGACAGUGACGAUGAUCUACCUAUUACCAGUAACGAUCAUGCGGCUGGUCACAAUAGCCGAACGUCCAUUUCAGAGAACUCGCCACUCUUGGCCACCACAGCUUUAGAGCAGGGUGAACAUAGUGUGAAGCCCAGACGCUCACUCUUUUACCAUCUCUGCCAGCUUCUUUUCGGGUUACUCGCACUCUCGCUAUCUGGUUACAUCAUUGCCCAUAGCGCGGGUGCUCUUACCCAGUCUUUGCAGCUGUCAGGCACCGUCUUUGGUUUGACGGUAAUUGCCUUUGCAACCACUCUUCCAGAAAAGUUUAUCUCGGUGCUUAGCGGCUCCAGAGGCCAAGGCGGCAUCGUUGUUGCGACUACGGCAGGGAGUAACAUAUUCCUGCUAACGAUCUGCAUCGGAGUUGUCGCCGUUACCGGAAUACCGGUCAACCGUGCAGAUAACUUUGUUCUUUUCGAACUAGCGACUGUUUGGGUAUCUGCGUUGGGCUUGACUGCUAUCGUCUUUCUUGGAUCCAGUCGCAUUGCCGGGCUGGUGCUUCUCGCUGCGUACAUUGCGUUCAUAGUUCUCGAGUUUACGGUGUACAAACGUUAA